UGAAGGGUGGGUGGAGUGGGCAGAAGUCGGAAUUUCUGUUGUUAAUUUAUUGGUUUUAGUUUUUUGCUAAGACCGCUCUAUUUUAAAGUGGAUUAGGAAGGGAGAGGAAACUGCUCAGGGGACAAAGGGAACGUGGCAGAUAGCGGUGGACAAACAGCGAAGACCGCUUCGUUAUCUCGCCAGGCACCGCUCCCCCAAGCCUUGGAGGUGGUCAUUCUUCCUGUAGAGGUGGAGGGCCUUGUCUUAGAGUAAGGGAAACAGCUCUGAUUCUGAGGAACUACAGCUUCUCUCUCAGUGCCUGGAAGAGGCCAGCAGCUGUUUUCUGGGCAACUGUGGAAUGUGCCCUUGGGGGCCCAGGAGAGCAGAAGGAAGAUGCUCCAGACCAGUAACUAUAGCCUGGUGCUCUCCCUGCAGUUCCUGCUGCUCUCCUAUGACCUGUUUGUCAAUUCCUUCUCGGAACUGCUCCGAAUGGCUCCCGUCAUACAGCUGGUGCUUUUCAUCAUCCAGGAUAUUGCGAUCCUCUUCAACAUCAUCAUCAUUUUCCUCAUGUUCUUCAACACCUUCGUCUUCCAGGCUGGCCUAGUCAGUCUCCUCUUCCACAAGUUCAAAGGGACCAUCAUCCUGACAGCUGUGUACUUCGCCCUCAGUAUCUCCUUUCAUGUCUGGGUCAUGAACUUACGCUGGAAAAACUCCAACCGCUUUGUCUGGACAGACGGACUUCAGACGUUAUUCGUAUUCCAGAGACUAGCCGCAGUGCUGUACUGUUACUUCUACAAACGGACAGCUGUGAGACUGGGCGACCCUCGCUUCUACCAGGACUCUUUAUGGCUGCGCAAGGAGUUCAUGCAAGUCCGAAGGUGACCGCUCUGUCACAGCGACGGGGGAUGCCUUUCCUUCCUGACAGAAGCCAUGUUUGCAGCUCUGCAGAGGGGGUGGUCGGCCCUGCACGCUAGGAGGCAGCUUGACAUCCCACAGGUCAGGCCCAGGCCAGUUGUGUUCAGCAGUUGAGAAGGAAGCGCUUCCCUCUAGCAUAUUAAAGCAUCCCUGGCACAGACGCCAGCACGUCGGCCUUUCCUGGCCUCCUGCCGCAGGCGGGCCCUUCCCCUCUGCAGCACACAGCGCUCUGGGCCUUUAGCCUGGGCAGGCUUUUCUGAGCCCCUGUGCUCUUGGCCCCACACACUGACAGAGGCUGUACAAGGUGACGUCUGUGCUCCUGACUGGUCACCCCCCAGACAUUUAGAUUUUAUAUGUAACAUUUUAUAAAUAGGAGAUCAGUUCCUUUCCAUGAAUGAUGGCAUGUCUGCCUCACUAGAUCUCAUGGUGGUUAAGAGGCAUGCCUAGACCUAGCCUUCGCAUCCACGUGGUUCAGUGGGCACAUUGAGCCACAGAGCAGAUAUGGAUGUUACUGAGUCCCGUUGUGAGUACAGAAUGUUUUUGCAGAAAUUCAAGAUGUUAUCUGAUGCCCCACCCCCGUCCAUAGAGUUCCAGACUUCUGUGUUUUCUUCAGUCUCUCCUCCUGCCAGAGCCCUCAUUGCCCUCAGAAGAGUAAAACUGUUCCCUAGGCUCUUUGGCGGAAGAAAUGGUUAAAAUUCAUGUGCCCAUAGUGUGUUUUCUAUGGCCAGAGCAGUGUUGUGUAACAAACCCAGCACUAAACUUCACUGGCCGAUAACAACAAA